UCCCAAAGCAGCACCCUAUAAAAAGGCUUCCAAGGGACCCAGCACCGACAUUGAUUAUACUGGAUCUGUCCCACCUCACUACGUCUAGAGUUACCCGUCAGGGAUCAGCAGCAGCCAUGAACACUCAACAGAUGGAGCAGAUGGGCCAGUUCAGGAUCACAGUUUGGGAAGAGGAGAACUUCCAGGGAAAGAGAUGCGAGUUUAUGCUGGAGUGCCAGAACAUCAUGGAGAGAGGUUUCUGCAAGAUCCGCUCCAUCAAGGUCGAGAACGGACCAUGGGUGGGUUAUGAGUACCCAGAGUACCAGGGACAGCAGUUCAUCUUGGAGAAGGGAGACUACCCCUGCUACGAGGCCUGGAGCGGCAACAGUGGAUACAGAACCGAGCACCUCCUCUCCUUUAGGCCUAUCAAGUGCGCUAACCACAGUGACAGUAAGGUGACCAUGUACGAGUGCGAGGACUUUCAAGGCCGCAAGUUUGAGAUGUGCGACGACUACCCCUCUCUACAGGCCAUGGGCUGGUGCAGCAAGGAAGUGCCCUCCAUCAAAGUCAACUCCGGAGCCUGGGUGGCCUACCAGUUCCCCGGUUACCGUGGUUACCAGUACAUCUUGGAGAGGGACAGACGCCAAGGCGAGUACAGACACUACAAUGAGUACAGCACCCAGGCUCAUACCAACCAGGUGCAGUCCAUUAGGAGGAUCCAGCACUAGACCAGAACCGGACCGGACCGCUCUGAACUGAACUGAACCAGGACUACCCCUUCUCUCUUUAUGUGGCUCUAUGGAUAACAACCUACUUCUGGCAUGCUAAAAUGUGGAACAGGAAAUAAAGGUUUUUCUUCAAA